GUUCGUCCGUGCUUUUAUUUUGUGGAGCGCGCCUCCGGCAGCCGUUGGUCCGCCGCCCGUUAACUUGACGCAGCCGGAGCGGAGCUAACCGUCAACCGGGCUGUGAAAGUGCAAACAAAAUGAGAGCCGCCGACUGAAACUUCGCCUUUUUAUCGCCUGCUCGGACACGGAGCCACUCUGUCGGACUGACGUUCAUCGUGUCCGGGGUCGAGCUAAACUUGCCCGGUCGUCGGGGCCUCGUCGUCGUCGUCGUCGUCGUGGCCCCAGCAGGACUCGAGUGAAGUUGGGAGCUCAAACUUCUGCUUCCUCCAAGCGGCGGCUCUCCGCGGGGCCGCGGGGCUCCUGUCACCGGCCCUGUGGAUGAGGCAGUGAAUACACACCCAAACCAACCACCAGGAGAAAGGAAUCCCUUUGAUGGGAGAAUCCUCUUUCCUGGCCUCCUGGGUCAAUCGCCGUGCCAUGAUGAUGGAUGAGCAGGAGGCGCUGAACUCGAUCAUGCAGGACCUGGCUGAACUGCACCGCUCCAGCCGUCCUGCCACGUUCCUGACGGACCUGGGCAAACCCAAAGCCUCGUCGCCCAAGAACCAGAACGAUGUCAGAGUGAAGUUCGAGUUCAAAGGGGAGAAGAGGAUCCUGCAGUUCCCUCGACCCGUCAAGCUGGACGACCUGAAGGCGAAAGCUAAGGUGGCUUUCGGUCAAACGAUGGACCUUCACUACACCAACAACGAGUUGGUGAUUCCGCUGACCACUCAGGACGACCUCGACAAGGCCGUGGAGCUGCUGGAUCGCAGCGUUCACAUGAAAAGCCUGAAGAUCCUCCUGGUGCUCCAGAUGUCCUCUCAGAACUCUUCCUCCAAUAUGGACCUAUUGCCGUCCCACGAGGAUCUGGACAACACAGAAUUCAGGCCUGACAAGAAGAGCAUGCUGGCUUUGAUAGGUGGCUCGCAUUCGACCGACCGCAGCUCGCCUCCUCCAGGAUACAUUCCCGACGCGCUCCAGCAGGUGGCGAGGAACGGCUCCUUCACCAGCAUCAACAGCGAGGGAGAGUUCAUCCCUGAGAGCAUGGACCAGAUGCUGGACCCGCUGUCCAUGAGCAGCCCAGAAAACUCGGCGUCUGGAAGUUGUCCCUCUUUAGACAGCCCGCUGGACAGUGACUACCCGAAGUCCAGGAUGCCUCGAGCACAGAGCUACCCAGACAACCAUCAGGACUUUCCAGAAUACGACAUCCCGGUUUUUGAGAAGUCGGGGAAAGGUGGGACGUACCCGCGACGAUACGGCAUUCCCUUCGGCCUUCAAGAUUACAGCGAUGGGAGGAAGACUUUCCCUCGAGCUCGCCGAACGCAGGUUCACGGUUUCCGCUCGCCAGUCAGCUUCAGCCCGACCGAGCAGUCGCCCAGCACCAGCAGUGGCAGCAGCGUCUUCACCCCUGACCUCGAGGAGGCCCCAGGGCCGGCCAGGAGGCCGCGGAGGGGCAGCGACAUCGAACCCAACCCCAACCCAACUGCUGCUCCAACCCUGUCUGUCAUGGACAUCAGCCCGCCCAGCCGCUCUCCACGUGCCCCAACCAACUGGCGGCUCGGAAAGCUCCUGGGCCAGGGUGCCUUCGGACGGGUUUUCCUCUGUUAUGAUGCGGAUACUGGACGGGAACUGGCGGUCAAACAGGUUCAGUUUGACCCAGAGAGUCCGGAGACGAGCAAGGAGGUGAACGCGUUGGAGUGUGAAAUCCAGCUCCUGAAGAACUUGUGCAACGAGCGGAUCGUCCAGUACUACGGCUGCCUGCGAGACACGAUGGAGCGAACGCUCUCCAUCUUCAUGGAGUACAUGCCUGGCGGCUCCAUCAAGGACCAGCUGAAGUCGUACGGAGCGCUGACGGAAAACGUGACGCGCCGCUACACCCGGCAGAUCCUGGAGGGGGUUUCCUACCUGCACAGCAACAUGAUUGUCCACAGAGACAUCAAAGGCGCCAACAUCCUCCGUGACUCGGUGGGCAACGUGAAGCUGGGAGACUUCGGCGCCAGCCGGCGGCUGCAGACGAUCUGUCUGUCGGGAACAGGCAUCAUGUCGGUGACCGGCACCCCCUACUGGAUGAGCCCAGAAGUGAUCAGUGGCGAGGGCUACGGACGGAAAGCCGACAUCUGGAGCGUCGGCUGCACCGUGGUGGAGAUGCUGACGCAGCGGCCCCCCUGGGCCGAGUUCGAGGCCAUGGCAGCCAUCUUCAAGAUUGCCACUCAGCCCACCAAUCCCGUGCUACCUGCCCACGUGUCGGACCACUGCCGAGAGUUCCUCAAACGGAUCUUCGUAGAGACCAAGCAGCGGCCGUCUGCUGAUGAGCUACUGAGGCACAUCUUUGUACAUUAACCCGACCCCUGGACCUUUAACCACCCCCUGCCCCGCCGCCCCCUUCCACUCCCUGCCUGCCUGCCGAACUGCCAGAUACGGCCUUACCUGAUAGGGCGUCCUUGCCUCUGACCCCGCCCUCUCCACCUCCAUGCUGAAACCACAUUGGACCAGAAGGAACUGGCUGGAAGAAGGUGAGGUGUGUUGGCAGGGGUGGGCGGGGGCUCGUACCUGCUCCUCCUGUCUCUGUUUGUAUGAGACUGCCAUAAAGGACAUGGAACUUUAUUUUUUCCCCGCAAGUUGCACCUUAAUUUCUCAAACGAGGAGUGGUCGAGCACUUCCUCUUGAAGCGAUGAUAAACAACUUUUUUUUUAUGUUUGUACGGUUCCUCUCUUCAAACGUUUUGGAGUUGGGAUAGUGUCGUCGUCGUCGUCGUGGACCUACAGGAGGUGAUGUCUGACUCUCGAGUGGCCCUGUCCUCCCACCCACCACCACCCCCUCUCAUCGCUGACCCGACCCCAGAAUGUAGUCUCCUUCCAAAACCCAGAGCGAUGGUGAAGACCUGGGCCCGCUGCUAUAGACGAAACUAAACCCCAGAUGCAGAGAACACUCCCCGAAAACGGUUUCCACUCGUCCUCCGUCUCUCUCGUCUCUCUGCUUUACUGUCUGUAAACUACCUUCCCUCCUCUUCCUCUACCAUCUUCGCCGUGUGCCUUUUCUGUUUUUUAAACGCAGUGUCAGAGUCUUGGGUUCAUGGAUAAUCUCCGUUGUUCUUCGCCGAAAAAGUCCCUCAGUGUCGUCUUCUGCCUCCCGGAUAAACUGCCUUCGCACCGUUAACCCAGAUCCAGCUGAUCUCAGUUCAGCCGCUCUGUCCGUUUCUGCCUUUUUUUUCCCGUAACGAGGACUCGGGGUGUUGAUCUCACCUCGGCUCGCUUGGUUUGCCAGCCUGCUCUACCUGCCCCCGCUCUGGGCUGGUAGUCAAACAUCCUUCAGACUUCUUUCCUUUGUGAAAACCUCGCCGUGCUUGUUCUCUCGCUUCAGAGACGGCAAGAUGGUUUUCCUCCUCAGAUGCACCCUCUCUGCCUCUUGCUUCUCGGAGUAUUCACCUGGCAGACUGGUCGAACUCUUGUCAUGGCAGGGCACGUGGAUUAUCUGCCACCAGAAACUCAGUUUACCGGUACGUCACUGGUACUGCAGCUCACGUUCUGGAAGUCUUUUACAAGUGGACGGCCGAGUGGUGAGCAGAAUGUUUAAUUUCAGCCGCUGCAGUCACGACAUUGACUUUUGUAGUUCUUCAAAUACGACAACAUGCACACGUCUUUCUGCAGAAGUCAUGCAGAAGUCAUGCGAGAACUUCCCCUGAAUUAAAAAUACAGAACUAAAUCCACCAAAGCAGAAAUAAUUAGAAGAUGAAUCCGGUUAUUUUUAAAGCAAAAUUAAAAAACACAUCUAUGCAGGUACACGAAGCAUCGUCACCAAACAUACACGUAUAUUAAUGAGAGUAGAAGCGUUGCUCUCAUUUGGUACCUUUUUAAAGUAUCGACGCUGCAAAGAGCCGUCACGUGGACGGUGUUGAAAAAAACGUUCUGCCAUGACACGCCAAGUGAUUUUACUUGAAGCGGUGAAGCAGGAGAGGCCACAAGCUCACAGCUGAUUGGCCAGACGUCUGGCUGUAUGACGCUGGUGUCGGUUUUAUUUCAAACUAAAGCGUACGACAAGAAGCCCCGGGUAUUUUCAGCUGUCUCACGAGCUGCUCACCAUCAUCGAACCGGUACAAUUUACAGACGGCGACGCGUCUCAUUUGCUCUGCUGCUGCAAUCGGUACCUUCUUUCUUUUUGUUUUCCCGCCGAGGCAUCGCCGUGCCAUAUCAGAGCGCUCUUGUUGUGCUUUCAUGGGUCUUCGGCCUCACGUGCACUCCUCCAGUUCAGACACACACUUGAAGACGUUUACAGUAUCUCACAGCUUCGUUUCCUCGCACAACAACCGGCGCCACGGACGCCCGCUGUUGCCAAAUCCAAUGCAUCGAAGUCAACUCGUCACUUUAGCCAAACCACAAACGCUCCUUUGCGACAUGUGUCGUGUUCCCGCUUGGCUCCCGUCACGGUCUCCUCCCGGGCUGAGCUCCUCAUAACAUCCGUGUAUUGAACAAUGACUGAUGCGUAGCACCGGCUCCAUAACUAUGCACCAGUAAGCUGUAAACUCACCGCGUACGUUUUCUACAACCAGCAACACCUCGGCUGAUGACCAGCGGUGAUCUUAUUGGGCAGCUCUGUCAGCAACCAAUCAUACGCGACUUUGACUCCGUGUGCCACCAUAGCAGAACUCGUACAUGCGCACCAAAGACCGGAUUAAUGAAGUACUCGAUAACAAUCAAUGACGCGCCUAGUUCUGCUCAUUUUAUCAUUUUGAGGUUGUAAAAUACAUUUUUAAUAUGAUUUCACCAGCUACAGAAAUGAUUCUGAUACCCGGCUAACGGUACACUUACCUUAAGCAGAGGUUGACCCGUAACCUACGACGACUCUGAUUGGCUAGUACUUGUUGCUUUUGUUGGGUUGAGUGAGAUUGGUUUGGGUUAGGGUAAGCCAAUCAGAAUCAGAGUAGAGGGUAUUGAUGAUAUUGAAUGACGCUGUCGAACGUGCAUUUCUGAAAUUCCUAUCGAAACACCCAAACAGACGUAAUGAGAUGUCUUUAUCACGUAUACGUUACGACGUUAACGUAACCGAAUAAUCCGACUCUUGGUGUGCGUGUACGAGUCUGCUGGACGUUACCUAACGCAGCAGAGACGUUUGCUCGUUGGCGGAGCUGCAGCUGCAUAUUUAACGAGAUUUUAAAAAGUAUCUGUAAGCUCGUAUUGAAAUCAGACGGGAAGCAGGUCACUUCGUUAAAGGUGCAAUCAGUAAUAUUUCACCAGACCCAACUUUACUCCGUCGUGGUUUAGAUUCUUCAAAACGUGUCGAGCGGUACGAACACGCAUGCAGACGAGCAAUAAUCAGAACGUGCGUCCACUGUCCUCGUUUGUUCACCCGAACCCAUUGAACUGCAAGCUCGUUAACCAGUGCUGGAAAAGGGUUCGAUAUGUUUUUGGUACUUGGUGCAAAUUGGUGCAACUUGUCUAAAAUAAUAAUUAUACACUGCUGAGCUCUGCAGAAUGUACAUUUAAAAAUAAUAGAGCACUUCUUUCAAACCAAAUCGAGUCGUUCUGUUUGCUGCUGUCGUCGUUCCCUGCAGAGGCCUCGUGUUUUACUGAUUGCACCUUUUUUUUUAUUUUUAAAGCAGGAGUAAAAAUUGUGUCUUCGCCUCAUUAAUCAACUUUACUGAUGAUUUUCUCUGUUAGCACUUAUUAGACUGAAAGAUUCAGGCUUCGGCUGCUCCGUGCUAAAUUUUCAGCCGCAGUCUUGAGUCCGCCGAUCAGUUGAUGGAUCCACGCGGGUUGUGGAAGCUUCUCAUCUUUGUCCCUUCGCGCGAUUUAAAGAAAAAAUUAAAUAGAAUAAAAAAAGGUACGUGUCCAGACGAAGCUGCAGAAAAGAAAUCUGCCUCGUGUCGAGAGAAACAUUAGUGGUUGUGUCGAGUCUGAGGCGGCUCGCGGUUAAACUGUGUGGAAACGCCGCCCUCACUGGUGAACCUUGACCCGUACGACCAUUAUGCACUAUCUACCAUUCACUGACGCUUCUUCACGACCCCCUCGCCAGCCUUCAGCUCGGCUCAG